UGCAGAUGCUCCUACUCUGCUGGGUCUUUCUUCUGUCCCCAGGGGCAGGGACAGAGGAGAUCAUCGGGGGCCACACAGCUCGGCCUCACACCCGGCCCUACAUGGCCUUCAUCAGGUUUCUGACUGGGAACAACCAAAAGAGAUGCGGCGGCACGCUCGUGAGGAGGGACUACGUGCUGACAGCUGCUCACUGCAAGGGAAGUGCUAUGACUGUGAUCCUGGGUGCCCAGAACAUCAAUAAAAAGGAGCAGUACCAGCAGGUGAUCCACGUAGGAAAAGCCAUCCCCCACCCCGACUAUGAUCCUAGCAACUUGGCCAAUGACAUCAUGUUGCUGAAGCUGAAGAGAAAGGCCAAUCUGACUAAGGCCGUGAAGCCCCUCAGCCUGCCUGGGCUCAGGAGCAGGCUGCGGCCAGGCCAGGUGUGCAGUGCAGCUGGCUGGGGAAAGUUGGGGAUGGGGAAAUCAUUCCCUGAUGAGCUGCAGGAAGUGGAGCUGACAGUGCAAGCAGAUAAGACGUGUGAAUCCCUCUUCAGCGCCUACUAUAGAAGAGCCACCCAGAUCUGCAUGGGAGACCCCCACCAGAGGAGGAAUGGAUUCAGGGGGGAUUCUGGGGGUCCCCUCGUGUGUCUCAACGAGUUCCAAGGUGUCUUCUCCUCCACAAAAAAGAAUGGGACACCCCCAGGAGUCUUUACCAAGGUCCUGUCCUUCCUGCCUUGGAUAAAGAGAACCAUGAAGCACACUCUGCUGGGACACUGA